CAAGACGGCAGCUCGUAGCAGUUUCUUUAUUGUUCGUGAGAAAGUUUGUGUUGUGAUCCGUCAGAGCCUCUGUGUGUCCGGAUAAACCUGUCUGAAUGGACUUUGUGCUGUUCACCUUUUCUUUCUGGAUGUUUUACCUCUGACUCAUCUCCCAGAAGACUACAAACACAUUCAAGUUAGCUUAGCAUGCUAGAUGGUUUGCACCACACCGCUAGUCAGAGUGACUGUUUGAUGGAGAGCAAACUGUGUUUCUGACAGAGUUUGUGUGGAGAAAAAGUUGGUGUCACUGUGUGAAAAAUGUCUAAAGUCCAAACGGUGAGAGCGCUGGUGGAGCAGCGACUGACUGCGGCUGCUGAAGAGAUAUUUGGGCUGUUUGAAAGAACGAUAGCAGAGUACGAGGAGCAACUUUGUCGUUCAAAAGAGAAGAACGAGCGACAACAGAAACUACUGGACGCUGUUUUCAACCCUCAGAUUCAGUUACACAGAGCAGACGUUCAGCAACUGUCGUUGAGAGAAGAAGAGUUUCCCUCUGAGCAGCAGGAGGGGAGCUGCAGUCUGGACCAAGACCAGGAGGACCCAGAGCCCCCACACAUUAAAGAGGAACAGGAGAAACCUUGGAGCAGUCAGGAGGGAGAGCAGCUUCAGGGGCUGGAGGAGGCUGAUAUCACCAAGUUCACAUUCACUCCUGUCCCUGUAAAGAGUGAAGAAGAUGAAGAGAAACCCCAGUCCUCACAGCUUCAUCAAACACAAACUGAACAGAUGGAAACAGAAGCUGAUGGAGAGGACUGUGGAGGACCAGAACCAGACAGGAACUCUGAUCCAGAGCCACAUUUACAACCUGAUACUGGUGACGAGCCUGCAGACUCUUCUGAACCUGAGACUGAUGACAGUGCUGAUUGGAAGGAGACCAGAGAACCUCAGUCAGGUUUGAACUGUUUGAAAAAAGAUGGCCGUCCUGUCAGAGAUUCCUCAUUUCGUGCUGGUGAGAAACAAUUUAGCUGCUCUGAGUGUGGGAAAAGAUUUGGCUUCAAGCUCUAUCUGGAGAGACACAUGAGACUCCACACAGGAGGGAAACCUUUCAGUUGCUCAGUUUGUAAGAAAACGUUUUAUUGGAGUGCAAGUUUAAAGUUACACAUGAGACUCCACACAGGAGAGAACCUUUUCAGCUGCUCAGUUUGUAAGAAAAAUUUUACACUGAGUGGAAAUUUAAAGGUACACAUGAGACUCCACACAGGAGAGAAACCUUUCAGCUGCUCAGUGUGUGCUAAAUCUUUUACACAAAGUGGACAUUUAAAGGCACACAUGAGAGUCCACACAUGAGAGAAACCUUUCAUAAAUCUGCUGUCCGCUCAUCCUCAAAGUUUCAUCAAACCGAGGAGAACAGAGAGGCAGAGCCUCCAGCCAGCAGCCCACAUGAAGAGAUGCAACCCUAUUUUUUUUAUCUUUUUAAAGGACUCGCAAAAGAUUUAAGUCUUUUUUAAAUGCUACAAAGCUUAUAGUAACUUUUAUAAAUAUUUAUUCUGUUUGUAUGAAAUGUACCUACAAUCUCAAUAUAAUUAAACAUAACUUUCUUUUCCA